GUGGUCGAGCCCGCAAGCACAAAGAAGGCUAGGCGACAUCCAAAGCCAGACUUGGAUAAUCAAGCCGCAUCUGAAAGCAACCCGAUUCAAACCCGCAGAGCCAACCGAUUGCCACUGAUCCAUAAUUUCUUCUAUCAUUUUUCCUUGUUUCUGUCGUCACCGGCAAUCAGUCACUUCACCAAUCCCAUUGGUUUGCUUUUCCCGACUUUAUUGAGCAUCCUAAAUCCCUAAGCCCUCAUUCUUAUCAGGAUAUAUCCUCUUUACCAGAUAACAGCUUCGGUGAUGCGCAUUAAAGCUGAGUUCUGCGUAUAACAAGUUUUCCAUAGCCCGCACACUCGUAUCGAUCGAGUGCUUUUUUCAGUCUAAUUAAGAAAUUUCAGCUGCGUCCCAUUGUUUGAUUCUGCUAUUUCUAUGUUGUGAUUUGAUUAUUUUUUAGGAUCAGUGGGUGGGAAUCAGAAGGACUAUUCUGGCUCCACAGAUUCCAAAUCAAUCAUCCUUAGGAUCCUCGCACUUUUCCUUUUCCCGUGGGAAUCACAGCAGAACUGGAGAAGGGGCAAUCCCCUGCUCAGUGUCUUUGUCAAAUCAUCUCUUGAUAAAAUUAGCGGUUUUGAUCUGCAAGUAGCAGUAAUUUCGAUCCGAGUCUGAUAGUUGUCAAUUUGAAUGAUUUGAUUUGUUUCUUGGGAGUAUUCGUCUUUAAAACUCAAGUGGCAUGUCAGGCCCAAACGAAGAUAACCUGUCUCCUCAUACCCAGCUUUCAUCUCAUUUUUUUGGGGACCUCCUCGAUUCAAUUAUUGUUGAUGUUGCCUCUGAGUGUCACCGGAUAGCAAAACUGGGACUCGAUCGCAACUUGGAGGAAGAGGAAGAAGAAUUAAGAUUAUCAACACAAGCCCGUGUAAGGGUAGCUGAUCCUAGUAAUAGUGGUGAAACAAAUAGCAAGUAUGUGGUCGACAUUUUUGGACAAACCCAUCCACCUGUUGCAAAUGAAAUAUUUGAGUGCAUGAAUUGUGGGCGAUCAAUCAUGGCUGGAAGGUUUGCUCCUCAUUUGGAAAAGUGCAUGGGAAAGGGUAGGAAGGCUCGACUCAAGGCAACCAGAAGUAGCACAGCUGCCCAGAACCGGUAUUCACGAGGCAGCCCUGUUUCCACAUACUCUCCUCAUUCAAAUUCCUCCAGCACAAAUCGGUUAUCAAAUGGAACACCUGGAAUUGCAGGUGAAGAGUAUUCAAAUGGCACAUUGGAGGAGCCAUGAAGCAGUGAUUUAAUGUUCAAUUGGCUAACAAGUCAUAGGAAAGCAACCCAGCCUGGGGGAUUCUUUUUCCUUUUCUAGAUCAUGAGCUUUAAUCAAGGAAUUUUCAAAGCAUAAUCUGUCAGUAAAUAUAUUUGGUAAGUGGGUUAUUUCUCAGCACAUGAACUCAAAUAUGGAUAACAAAUCCUCGACUGUAGAGUUUUUCCUAUUAUAUCUCAGUUGCGCCGAUCCUUCACUAUCA